UCAUGCUGGCUGCCCGGUCCAGAGUGUGUCAUGGGUCCCUGUACGGCCUCCCAUUGCUGCUGUUCCAUCGCCACACUCUGCCAUGUGCCACUUUCAGGUCUCCUCACACUGCUGGUGUGUUUCCAUUUUGUCUUAGGGUGCUGGAGAUUACGGGCCUCCCAUUGCUGCUUGCCAGGCCCGUAAUCUGACAUGGGCCCCUAGUACCGCCUCCUCAUGCUGCUGCCAGGUCCAGAGUGUCUCAUGGGUCCCUGUACGGCCUCCCAUUGCUGCUGUCUCCAUCGCCACACUCUGCCAUGUGCCACUUUCAGGUCUCUCUCACACUGCUGGUGUGUUCCAUUUUUUGUC